GGCAGUUCCGUUUAAUGUCUACUUCCUUGACGACCGUGAUGAAGUUAAAUUGAAGAGGUGACAAAAAGGACUUGAACAUGGCUGACGAGGAAGAUUUGACUCCUCCAGCUGUCAACAUGACUGACGAGGCAGAUUCGACUCCUCAGGCUGCUGACACAGCCAUUGAGACAAACCAAGAGCCUCAGUGUGAUAGACCAACAAUGGAAGCAGUCAGUGUAAUAGACCCAGUGACUGCUAUGGGAGAUAUGGAGGAACUGGUACAGAAUUUGGAUGUUGAUCCUUACAAUGAGGACCAGACUGAGCUGAGAUUUUUACAUUCCAAGCCAUCUUGUUUCAUAGUGAUAGGCAAACCUGGUGUUGGUAAGACUACACUGGCCAGACGACUUGCACAGGAGUGGAAAUGUCAACUCAUUAAUUCCACUAAUUUGAUCAAUGAGAACUUGGAACUGCAGACGGAAAUUGGUAAAAAAUGUCUGGAAGUUCUCACGAAAGGAGAAGCAGUUUCAGAAGAAAUGGUCUUCAGCAUGAUACAAGAAAAAAUUAACUCCCCUGAAGUAGCUCACCAUGGUUAUGUCUUGGAUGACUUGCCUUGCCUUUCUGAAGACUUUAUGACGAUAAAAGAUCAGAUUGAAUUAAUAAGAAAUUGGAAACUCAAACCAGACUUCAUCAUUCAUUUGAAGAUUUCUGAUAAAGAUUUGGACAGACGAAGAAUUGGAAUGAAAAUAGACCCUUUCUCAGGCAACAUUUAUGUAAAGGAUGUUUAUGCGCCUGAAAAACGCCCAAAACCUCAGGAUGAUGAUAAGGACCUUGAAGAGGAAGAAGAAGAGGAAGAAGAGGAGGCUGAGGAUGAAGAACUUGCAGCUGAUGCUGAUGAAUCAUCGAUUCGCCUGCCUCCUGAAGUUGUUGAACGCCUCAUCACUAGACCAGAUGAUCUACCUGAACAGGUGGAGCAAAACAUCCGCAACUACAAGAACAACAUGCUCAGAAUGUUAGAGGACUAUAUGGCAGAUCAUGACCAGCAGUAUUUGGUUGAAAUGGAUUCAAAUCAGAUGUGUGCUGUCAUCUUCAAGCAACUCAUGCAAAGACUGGAAUGCUUUGUUUUGCGUCCAGCGGCUGUGCCAACACGUCUCUUUGAACCCGAGGAAGAAGAUGUCCCAGAGGAUAUUGAGACCGAUGAACUGAUGCGAGCGAUGGCACCCAAACAGAUGGUGGCACCCAGGUUCAGGUGGCGCAGGAGCAGGUGGUUGAGGAACUGUCCCGUUGCCCUGUUUGAGGGAAACAUUGUGGGGGGAAAACCAGAAUUCGUUGUAAGUUUUCUGGAUAAAAUGUACUUCCUCUCAAGUGCUGAAGCAAUGGAGAAGUUCAUGAAGAAUCCAAGACCUUACUUGCUCCCUCCACAACCAAGACCACCAUGCAAGUUUUCUGUUUUGGGACCACCUCUCUCGGGCAAAACCACACUCUGUCAUCUGCUAGCACAGAAGUAUGGAGCUACGGUCCUAGAUAUGGAUGAAUUGAUUAAACCUAAACAGGAAGAGGAGAAGAAACGCCAGAUCGAGCAGGCUCGAGCUGAAGCCACGGAAAGUGCGAUUGUGGCUGUAAAGGUUAAGAUCAAGGAACAGAUGGAGGCAGAAGCUGAGGCAGCAGCCGCAGCCAGAGAAGCAGAACUGGCUGCUCAGGAGGAGGCAGAAGAGGCAGCAUUGGCAAAAGAAGAAGAAGGAAAAGAAAAAAUUGACAGCGAUGAGGAGAGUAAAGAUGGAAGCAAGGAAGAGAAAUCGGCCGACUUGGAACAAGAGACUGGUCCGUCGGAGACCCAGGAAGAUGAACAGGCUGAACCAGCUGAGCCCACCGAGUCAGCUCAUCCAGCAGAACGAACCGAGAUGGAGCAAUCGGAAUCGGAAAAACCUGAUGACGAGAAUGUCCAGCCACCAGAGCCCGAAGUUGACGCCACUCAUCCUGAUGUUGUGGCCAUUGUUGACGCUGCUGUGAAAGAGGCUGAGAAGAACAUCACCCAGCUGCCGCCCGAGGUGUACGUCGACGUCAUGGAAGCUGCCAUCAAGGACGCAGAGAGAGAACUUCGCAAGAAGAACAAAGAAGAAGGAGCAUUAAAUGGCGGUUACAUCUUUGAUAACUUCCCAGCGACUCGGGAUCACUGGAAUGCAUGUGUGGAGAAGGGCGUUCUCCCUGAUAACGUGAUAGUAUUGCAGGACCGCAGUACCAACAGUGAGAAUUUGACCAAGCGAUACUACCUUCUGCAACGUGACGAAAUCGAUGAGAAAAUCAGACUUCGGAUCGAGAAGGAACAGGAGUCCAAACGGAGAGAAGAGGAAGAGAAGAGACUUCAAGAAGAGAGGGAGAAACAGAGAAUAGAAGAAGAACUUCGACAAUUUGCUGAAGAAGAAAGACGGAGGAAGCAAGAAGAGGCAGAGGAAGAGGGAGAAGGAGAAGACCUUGAAGCUACUCAGGAUGGUGAGCAACCCGUGGAGGGCGAUUCUUCUGGUGACCAACCUCAGGAGGCUGAACCAGACACCGAGGCAACCCAGGGUGAGGAGGCAGCUAAAGCAGAUGUGCCUGAGGAUCAGUCAGAAAGUGUGUCACCUGAUCGCACUAAGUCAGAUGUACCUGAGACUCAACAAGAAAGUGCGUCUCCGGAACGCACGUCUCCGGAACGCACUAAGUCAGAUGCAUCUGAGAAUCGGCCAGAAGAGCAAGAAGAGGCUUGGGUUCCUGAAGAAACAAAAGAAAUUAAAAUUCCUACUGGUCCAGAGCUAGAAGAGUUCCGUCAGAAACUUAGUGAAUUUGACAAAGAGUUUAGCAGUAUUGUUGGAACCAUCACUGGGUCUGCUGGCAUUGAACCCAUAGAAGUUGACGUUGGUGAAAAAGGCAUUGAAGGUGUUCUGCAGGACUCUGUCAUUCAAGUUGAAAAGCAGUUUACCUACACUGGCUGGGAGUUCUCUGGGAUGGAUCUAGAUGAGGAGGAGGAGGACAUGGAGGCUGAUGCUGCAGAGGAAGAGGAGGAGGAGGAAGCGGCAGAGGCUGAGGAAGAAGAUCCAAACCGCUCCAAAAAGAAACCUCUUGGUGACACAAAUCACUUUUGUCCUGUGGCUCUCACAGACGAUGGCGUCUUGUUUCCGGGAAACCCAGAAAUUGCCGCCAGAUACAGGGAGAAGGUUUACUAUCUGCAGUCUAGUGAAUCAAGAGAUACAUUCCUGGCUGCUCCAGAAAAAUAUUUGCCGAAAAAUAAACCGCUAGAUCCGCCGCCAAUCCGGUUACUCAUACUGGGUCCACGUGGGUCAGGAAAGUCGUUACAUGGUCGACACCUUGCCAAGAAACUGGGCCUGUUCCACAUAUCAUUCAAGGACAGACUGCAGGAGCUGAUCAUUGCAAAGACCAAGAAAAGGGUUGGACCUGAAUAUGAAGACGAGAAUGAGUUGAUACCAGAAGACCAUGAUGAAGACGAAGAGGAGCCACAAAGUGCUAUUACUGCUCCUACCAGUGACUCAGCAAUUGAGAGUGACGGGACAGCCAGAGCACCUGACAGUGAUACUCAGACCGACUCCCAGGGAGGAGUAACUCAGACAGAGUCUAAAGAUGAAAAAGCCGAAGACGAAGAUGAAGAGGAUGAAGAGCCCCAAUUGACAGAGGAUGAGGAAGCUAUCCGGGCCAAUCUGGAGUCAGACGAGCCGCUACCGGGAGAAGUGCUGGACAACAUCAUUCCACAGUUCUGGCAGAAGGAGUCCUUUAAGUCAACUGGAUUUAUUCUGGAAGGCUUUCCACGUACGGCUGAUGAAGUUCGCUACAUGGCUGAUUCUGGCUUAUUCCCGGAUGCAGCGAUCAUCAUAACUGUGUCGGACACUGAUGUCAUCGGACGUCUACUGCCACCAAAACUCAGUAGGUGGAAAAUAAAACGUGACAAACUCAUGGCAAGGAAGCAGAAGAGGAAGGAAAAAGCUAAGAAGAAAAGGGAUACUGCAAUUCAGAAAAGACGCGAAGAGCUGACGAGAGAAGCUGAGGAGAGAAAGAAGGAAAAAUUAGCUCAGCGUCAGUUUGAGAAGGAAGACGAGGAUUACGACGAGGAGGAAGAAGAGGCUGAAGACGAGGAGGAAGAUGACAUCGAAGCGGUCCUCGCAGAAGAGUUUGAGGAGGAGGAGGACGAGGAAGAGGAGGAGGAGGAAUUAGAAGAAGAUGCCAUCGACCGAAUAAGAAAUGAACUCAAUGAAGUGUACGACAAUGAUACCAACAGGCUCGAGAUGGUGCAGGAAACACUGGAAGAACUGUUUAUUCCACGUUUGGAAAUCGAUGGCAGUCGGAAGCCGCAUAUUAUUCGUUACACCAUGACGAAGAAGCUGAAACGAUUCGUUGAAUAUCGACCGAGUAUAUUUGAGCGAGUCUAUCCUGUUAGUGAGAAGGUGGCCAAGAGAAUGCUGCAGGCUGGGUACAAACAGCCCAGCAGGUUUGGUCGAUGGUGCCCAGUCAAAUUGUCUGAUGGUGAGUGUAUUCAGCCUAUGAGUGGUCCUGGUCACCCUACGUAUCCGUGUGUGUACCGGGGCUAUAUCUACUACUUGUCCUCGAUGGAAUGUCGAGAACAGUUUGUACAGAACCCCAUUGCGUACCUCAAGCAGCCGUCACCAAAACCAGUCGUACCAAUCAGACUUGCCAUCAUUGGUCCUCCCAAAUCGGGAAAAUCAACCAUUGCCAAGCGGUUUGCAGAUGAUUAUGGUCUGAUGCGGCUGUCUAUUGGCGAGGCCAUGCGGACAAUCCUGUUCAACCAGCCAUCAUCCGAGUUGGCCCGUCAGAUGAAUGAGUAUCUGUAUAAGGGUCUCACUGUCCCCGAUGAGCUGGCAGUCAAAGCUUUAGAAGUGUGCUUGCUGGACAUGCGCUGUCAGAGAAGAGGUUUUGUCUUGGACGGUUACCCAAUCUCCAAACGACAGAUUGAGCUGAUGACUGAACGCAGUAUUAUUCCAGUGCGUGUGGUUGAACUGACACUAGAUAGCAAGGAAAUCAUGGUCCGAGGAACCAAAGACAGAGUCUCACCUGACAGGGUUCUACCGUUGCAUGAUAGUGCACAAAUCUUGUACACAAAAGUACAAGCUUACUAUCAAUCAGCUAAAGAUAUCUACGACUGGUAUGACAAAGAGCACAUGAACAUACAGAAGAUUGAUGCAUCACAGUCCAAAUGGGCAGUGUGGAAUGCCGUCAUUGCACUUUCUGAGGACAGUGUUAAACAAAUACAGAACUAUUUGCAGAGAAUUUCAGAGGGCAAGGCUUCUUCUAUUGCCAACAUGUGCAUCACACCAAAAGAAUUCUGCCAGAGGCUUGGUGAUUUUGGCCAGUACUGCCCUGUUAGUUUGGCUUUACGUGGAGAGCUGGUGGACUGCUCAACCAGUCCCAGUCUGGAGUUCGCUGCAGAGUUCAGAGGUCAUUACUACAAGAUGGGUGGGAAAGAGGAGCUUGAGCAGUUUCUGGCCGAACCGGAGAAGUUUGUGCCUCCUCUUGCUCCAAGACAUUUGCCACCUAAAGAAUUGUUGCCAAAACGCAAAAGCCCAGAAGACAUUCCUUCAAUGAUAGAGAUAGAGCUGCAAGGAUACUGUCCAGUCACGUUCCUUGAUGGAAAAUGCAGAUAUGAAGCCAUUGUUCCAGGAAACCCAGAUCUCAUUGCAGAGUACCAAGGAAAGUUUUUCUAUAUGGAAACUGAAGAAAAAUUACUCAAAUUCAUGAAAUUACCCAAGGAAUACUGGAACCUAAAACUUCCACACAAAUUACCCCCACGCAAAGAGCCACUUCCAGUCACAGGCUUGCCAAUGCUGGGAUAUAUGGAACAGACAGUUGCCGUGGCAAUUAUAAAAGCUUUAACAGCUGCAGGAAACUUUAAGCCAAAAUAUCCUUUCCUGACUACAUCAAGGUCAUCCCUGAUCUACGUAGCCUAUCACUUGAAAGCCUUCAAUCCGAAGAGUUCCGACUAUGUCCGAAAGAAGUACAAGAAAAAACUUGAGAAAUUUGAAGAAACCUGUAGUCUGAUCGACUAUUUGGGAAACACCAUGACGAUCAAAUACAAGGAAGAAAAAGACCGACCGGAUGACUUUGAUACAAAACUGGAAAUGUUCUUCGCACUCAGAGGCAUUGAACCGACUUCCACGUGGAUUGCAUAGUUCCAGUUCUGUACAACGUUUUAAACACAUAUUACCAAGGAUUAUAUCUUAGUGAAAACUGAAUUUAUGUAUGUGGUGAAUUUUGUUUGUUAUGACAGUGAGAAAUUCAUUAAAAUGCAUACAUAUGGUGAUAAGCUUCAUGAUCACCUUUCUGUGUUUGAACUGUUUGCCCAUAAUAUAUAUUUAUUAUUCUAAAUAUUACACAACAUUGAAGUAAUAUGCUAACAUUGACCGAUACAUAUAUUUUUUUAUAAUUUGUAAAUUUAACAAACUCGGUUGUUAGCAUGUAACAAGUAUUAUGUUUUAACCUUUGCCAAACUUGCAUUAAUGCAUAUUAUUCAUAAUAAAUGAAUUUGUUUUCCAGUACAAACAGAUUUUCUCUUUAAAAGAUAUUACUUUAAAGAUAAAUCCAUACCACAGCAUUACAUUUUUUAAAGUAAGUCUUGAAGGAUAAAAUCUGUGGGGGGUUUUUGGAUUUGUUAAACAUAAAUAUUUUAUCAGCAGAAAUGUUCGCUUAUUUAAACUCUUUUCACAAAUAGAUCAUUGUAGAUUUUUCAAAACCCACACUGUGAUAUUAAUUUGAGUAGGCCCUAUUUAAGAAGUGUGGGUUGGGAACCACAAAUGAUUAUAAAUAGAAUUUUAUAGAAGUAUUAUGUGUUUCAGUAUUAAUUGUGUCAAGAAGCAUGUUUAAAUAAUGAGUAUUUUAUUUUUUAAAAAUUGUUUGGUAUUGUUUUAUGUGUUAUUUACUUUGAAAUUAUUGCUAUAACAUACUUUAAAGGGAACAAAAAUGUAAAAAACCCAGUGACACCUCAGCAACUGUUUAACCAAUUAAAAACUUCACUUAUAUCCAAUAUGCAUUUAAACAAGUAUGCUGUGGGUGUUCCAGUAUUUAAUUUUUUUUUUAUUUAUAAUUUUUUAAUGAAACAAACAUGGGGAAAACAUUGGGUCCUGGUUUUUUUCUUUGUGUUUCCUGUUUUUUUUCUUUCUGUUCCCGGCACAAUAAAUCCAUUUAAUUAUAAUGUAUUAUUACAUUAAACCUUUUAGCUUCCAUUUCCAUUAAUUCGCUUCAAAUCCUUUAUAUUUACUGAUGCCAAAACAUAGUUUGCAAUGUUUUAAUUAGUGCUUUAAUGUAUUGCAUCCCAAAUACCUUUGUGACUUCCACUGUUUUUACAUUUUACACAAUAAUUUUUAAUACAGUUAUAAAAGUUGUGUUUAGAUCAAAUGCAAUUGCUACACAUUGUAUAUUUUGAGGCUUAAGUGACAUCAUUUUAUCUAUAUUAAUAUUUAAUGCUAUUUUCUACGAGGAAAGUUGUCGACUGUAAAUAUGGUACAUGUAAAUUGUUUGUAAUUUUUAUAGAUUUUUAGCUGAUUAAAAAAAAAAAGAAGUAAAAAAGAAGGAAAAUAAAAAAACUAAAACUUUCUAAUGUAGGGCUAAUUGUAUACUUCUGUAUUACGCAUAAAAUGAUAUUAAAAUACUAGUAUUAUCAAAUAUUAAAAUAAUAAAAGCAUAGUGAUAGUUAUAAGAAUAUGUCAAUUAAUAAAAUAUAGAAUAGAAAUAUGACAUGUAGAAAAGUGUAUUUCUUAUUUUUAUUUUGAUGAAGCAAGAGAUUAAUUACAUUGAAAAAAAAAAAAAUUCUAUAAUAUAUGCUAUUUUUAUUAUUAUUAUUUUUUAAUUCCACUGCCCCCUUUCCUUUUUGUCCCUUGAAUUCCAUCUCAUUUCUUCCCGAUCUGGCAACUGGUCUCUUGUGGCUAUCUGUGCCACACACCUGCCAUUACCCAUCAGCUUUUAGCCGUGGGCUUAGUCGGACCACUUCAGGGAGUAUUCAGUAGUUCUGGCAUUGUCAAGAGGCACUUGUAACCACCUACUAUACACCCCUACUAUCGGCGGUCGAGACAUGUUAAUAUUAGUUCAUCUUGGUUAACGGAAGUCUAUUAUUGAAAAAUACUGCUUUAAUAGUAAUGUAAACUUCAUCCCAGUCUCACAAGUUUAUCAAGUAUUACCAAUGUUUCAUGUACAAGAAGACAUACAAUUCAUUGAAUGAUGUGCAUGUGUUGUAUAGAACUAGUCUGUGAUAUUAUUUUUUAUGCUGUAUUUAAUGUACAUUCCCGUCCUCCAUAUAACCAACUUGUGAUGAAUUAGUGCAUUGCCUUUAUGAUCUUCUCUCCCAAUAUGUUUUAAAGGAGUAGACAUUUGUUGAUAUACUGUAAGUUAUUUUUUCUGUAAUCUUUUUGACAAAGAGAAUAAAUAUACAAUUGUAAAUGUGUAA